AUGCCACGCAUAAGCGAUCUAAUCCAACAAGACCACCGCGACCUCGUAUCCUUCUACAACCACAUCAUCAACUCCUCCGACCAAGACGAAAAAGUCCGGUACCAAAAUCGCUUCACGUGGGAAUUAGCCAGACACUCUAUCAGCGAGGAACUCGUGCUGUAUCCUGCUUUCGAGAAACAUGUUGAGAAUGGUGUUGCUGUGGCAGAUAGAGAUCGUCGGGAACAUCAGCGGGUCAAAGAACAACUAGAGGCAUUCUACAAUAUGGCGCCCUCGAGUCCUAGUUUCCUUCCUACCAUCAAAGGCCUCAUGAAGGAUUUCUCGCGGCACAUCGAAGAAGAAACGACCGAUGUGUGGAAGUUGGAAGAUGCGUUGUCAGAGGAGGAUAGUAAAGGGCUGGCUGAAUCGUUUGGGAAGACGAAGGUGUUUGUUCCUCCUCAGUGGCAUCGUGAAGGGCCGUAUAAACCGCCGUUUGAAUCGGCGAUUGAGCUUCUGGCUGCCCCGGUGGAGCAUUUGGCCGAUUGGUUGCAUCAGUGGCCGUAUAUGUUUACAGCGCAGGACCAUUCGGCUACAUGA